UACGUCUGGGUUAGGGCUUGUAUGUUACGGAAAUGUGAUGACAAGCUCAGCGUCACUCACAAAAUUGUCAGGUAAUAGAUGAGAACUGCGAAUUCCGUGGAAAGGUUGCUGUUCAGAUGAGGAGGAGGGCUUGCCUGGUUGACCCUGUGUGUUGCCCUUUGUUGCCAUGGCAACACCCUACUUUCCCACACUCCUGAUCCUAAUUUUUAUGUCCUCCUUCACCCUCUUGCUUUUGACCCUCCUGCCCUCUGUUGCCCCAUCGAUUCCUGUUUCUUCCUCCUCUCCUCCCUCACCUUGGCCGUCACCAUCCUGCGGCCUGGGUCAGUCCUGGGCCGUCCGGAUCUACACUGGCUCACAUCACGAGGAGGAAGAUGGUGAACAGGACUCUGAGCAUCUGGAUGUGAUAGCCAACAGGGUUGCAGAGCAGGCUGGGCUGCAGAACCAGGGCCAGAUUGGACAGCUGGAAGGCCACUACUUGCUCUGCUCUGUCAAGCCUGAAACUGGACCUGUUUGGAGCAAGGGUGUCCAUCCUGGGGACGUCCUGGCAGCCCAUCCUCAUGUCCUGUGGCACUCCCAAGAGAGGGUGCUUAGCCGCUCUAAGAGAUCAAUGGCCUUCAAUGAUCCCCGCUAUCCUAAACAGUGGCAUCUGCACAAUGACCUCAAUAAGGGUAUGGACAUCAAUGUAACAGGGGUGUGGGAGCGCAACAUCACUGGCCAAGGAGUCACAGUUGUGGUAGUAGAUGACGGGGUGGAACACACCCACCAGGACAUCCAGCCCAACUAUAGUCCAGAGGGCAGUUAUGACUUGAACUCCAAUGACCCAGACCCCAUGCCUCACCCAGACGAUCGCAGCGACAACCACCACGGGACGCGAUGUGCCGGCGAGAUUGCAGCCGUUCCCAACAACAGCUUCUGUGCCGUAGGGGUUGCCUAUGGCAGCAAAGUGGCAGGUAUCAGAGUCCUGGAUGGCCCGCUGACAGACAGCCUGGAGGCCAUAGCUUUCAACAAGCACUACCAGGUCAACGACAUCUACAGCUGCAGUUGGGGUCCAGAUGAUGAUGGACACACUGUGGAUGGACCCCAUCCCCUGGGCAAGGCGGCACUACAGCACGGGGUCAUUGCAGGCAGACAAGGCUUUGGCAGCAUCUUUGUGGUUGCUAGUGGCAAUGGAGGUCAGUACAAUGACAACUGCAACUACGACGGCUACGCCAACUCCAUCUAUACCAUCACAGUCGGAGCGGUCGAUGAGAAAGGCAGAAAGCCUUUUUACGCUGAGGAGUGUGCGUCCAUGCUGGCUGUCACUUUCAGCAGUGGGAAUAACAGGCUGAGGAGCAUUGUGACAUCAGACUGGUCCAUGCAGCGGGGGACAGGCUGUACGGACAGCCACACUGGCACGUCUGCUGCUGCCCCCCUGGCGGCAGGAAUGGUGGCCCUCAUGCUGCAGGUCCGUCCCUGCCUCAGCUGGAGAGACGUCCAGCACAUCAUUACCUUCACUGCCACCAAGUGUGACAGCGCUGCAGACUGGAGGAUGAACGGAGCCGGUUUCUAUCACAGCCACCAGCACGGCUUUGGCCUGCUCAAUGCAUGGAGACUCGUCAAUGCUGCAAAGGUUUGGGAGUCGGUGCCAUUCCUUGUAUCCUAUCAGAGCUCGGUGAUAAAGGAGGAAGCGUCCAUCCCAACUUACUCCGAUGAGCUCAUCCGCACCUGGAAAGUGUCUGCUGCUGACCUGAGACAGUCUGGAAUGGAGACACUGGAGCAUGUGGCCGUUACCGUGACAAUCACCCACCCUUGCCGUGGCAAUCUGGAGAUUGCGUUGGUCUGCCCCAGUAAUAUGACAUCAGUCAUCGGGGCACGGCGUGCCAUCGACAGAGACCCUGCAGGCUACCAGGACUGGACUUUCUCCACUGUGCGCUGCUGGGGAGAGAGAGCUGAAGGCCAGUACACUCUCAAGAUAUCUGACCACAAAGAGCCGCUGUCUGAGCAGUGUGCCACUGUGGGAGUGUUGAAGCAGUGGACGCUGACCCUGUAUGGCUCCUCAAUGACAUACCGCGAGGUCAAAGAUAGACAGCGACUGGUGGAGGAGGCUAUGAGUGGCAAGUAUCUGGACAGCAACUUCUCCCUGCCAUGCCCUCCAGGGCUGGACAUCCCUCCAGAGAUCAUCAGCCCGUUCACCUCCAACAAUCUUAAGUUCCUGCUGUUGCUGGGCUGCUUUGCUCUUUUCUGGUCUCUCUACUACACACUGGAGGUCACUCUGGCCCACCUGGACCUUAGGGGCCUCCUCUGCCUGCGCAGGAGACGGGGAGGUCACCGGGUCAGGAGGGGGCACCAAAGGAGAGGAGUGGAGGAGCCGUUAUUGGAGGAGGAGGACGGGGGUGAAGAGGAGCGGGACUCAGGGGUGGAGCUGCAUGCAGUGCUGGACUCCGAGGCCAAAAUGAACCUCUUAAAGGGAGAACGGCUGGCAACAUAGCACUGAUCCAGAUGAUGAGUCUCACUGUUUGUGCUCAUGAGACGUCUCAGGCUUUCACCCUCUCCUCCCCGCCCACCCAGGCUCCAGUCAACCUCCUCUGUGAUGGUAGGGGGUCAGAGUGUGGACUGCAGAUGGACCUGAUAGAAGAAUGGACUCUUAGUCCUAGUCUGCAUUUUCCAAACAGGUGGCCUUGUAUGAAAGUCUGUGUUUGUGCCGUGACAGUAUGCGUGUGUAUGUGUGCUCCGAGGAAAGAAAAAAUGAGCAAAAUCCUCGAAAGUGAGAAUAUCUUGUCUGUCGCUGGGCUACAUUUCCCACCAAGAUUAGGUUUGGCUUAGAACAUGUGCUGGAGAGAGACCUGAUAGGGUGUAACAUCCCAGUACAGUUGCAUGUUUGACAGUGUGCAUACCGACUAGUCUGUAUGCAAAUGUGCACCCAGAGAGGUACUGAGCUUACAGAUAGGUGAGACACACAAUUCGGACACCUGUCCUCAAACCAAGAGAAAGAUACAAAUGUGAUGUGCACUAUAUAUUGGAAGGUAUGAAUCUGCUCUGUGUGUGUGUGCCUGUGUGUGUGUGUGUGUGGGUGCGUGAGAGUGAGCGCUUGUGCUCCCCUGACUAUGUGUGCUCUGUCUUCCUUGAAAAAAUGUGAGGUUCCAAGACGAUACUGAUCUAUUUUAAGAAUGAGAUUUAUUUUCUGAGGUGUUAUUUGAUGCAUUUUAUUUUUUAAGUCUGGGCUAAUUAUCUAUGGGUUAUCAACCAACUACUGAUAAAAACUUGAAGUGGGAUUUUCAACUUUGGGAUUUGUAUAGGUAUUUUUUUUAUGAAGUGUAAUAUAUACACAAUGUGUGCCUGCUGUACAGAUAUAUACCAACUGUGUUUAAUAAUUUAUACCAAAUGUUUUUAAGAAUGUAUUAAAGAACUAUAAUUUUUUAAUGUAGGGGAGAGUUUGGAGUGAAGUUGGAAACUGUGUUUUGCUGUGCAAGGCACAGAUGAUCUGAAUGAUAAUAAAAGACCGUUGACAUAA